CACCGCCACCGGCGUACUCCGACUGAGUAAAAGUCAAGAUGGCGACCGAUGGUCAGUUCGAGUAUGAGUCGAUCCUCUGUGUCAAACCUGAAGUUAACGUUUACCGAAUCCCACCGAGAGCAUCUAACCGGGCUAUCAGGGCUGCCGAUUGGAAGCUGGAUGCCCCUGAUUGGACGGGACGCAUGCGUGUGACAGCCCGGGGCAAAGUGGCCUACGUGAAAUUGGAAGACAAAGUCUCUGGGGAGCUUUUUGCCCAAGCGCCAGUGGAGGAGUAUCCUGGCGUUGCAGUGGAAACCGUUAGCGACUCAAGCCGUUACUUUGUGCUGCGCAUCAUGGAUGACAACGGCCGCACUGCAUUCAUAGGCAUCGGGUUUGGAGACCGAAGCGAUGCCUUUGAUUUCAAUGUCGCACUUCAAGACCAUUUUAAGUGGGUGAAACAAGAAAAUGAAUUUAGCAAACAGGCUCAGGCUCCAGACUCCACUCCCAAACUUGACCUGGGCUUCAAAGAAGGACAGACCAUUACUCUUAAUAUUGGGCAAUCGAAAAAGAAGGACAGGUCUCGUCCGCAGAGUUCAGGUGGCUUUGGGCUCCUUCCACCUCCCCCUGGGGGUAAGCUGGCUCCACCCCCUUCAGCCAGAUCAACAAAUCAUAACACACAACUGUCAGCAGGAGGAAGUGACUCUGGUUGUUUGCUAGACCUGGAUUCCAGUAAUUCCAACUCCAUGGCGCCAUCCAACCCCAGCUCAACAGGCAGCUCUGACCUGUGGGGAGACUUUGAUUCGGCAUCUCCGAAGUGAGGAGCGAUUCAUCCUAUUUUCCUCCCCGUUCCCUCUGUAAAUUAUGCAGCACUUUUUGCAACCCCCCCCCACCAUUACGGGGUCCCGUAUUUCUCCCUGCCAAGCAGGGUAACCCCCUGUAAUAGUUUGUUUUAUUUCAGUUGAAUUCCUCAUAGCUUGUUCUGACCUCACAGCACAGUCUUAAUUACAGCUACAGCUGCAGGCCCUUCACUACAUCUGUUUGGAUUUUCUGUAUUUCUCUAGCCCUGUAACUCCAUUUAUUCUGCUGUUCUCCCCGUUCUUACACUGUUUUAUUUGCUAAUUUCUAUUGUAGCUGUUGCAUAAUAGGAAUAUCAAGGGAGGCAUAAUCUUGUCAUCAACAUCUAAUGAUGAAAUCUAUUGAAAUGUUCAUGAAUGACUUUAAUGUACAGAGAAUAUUUAUUUUACAUGUGUGUAAUUAUUGUCAUUGGUCUAUAUUCUGUUUCUCCAAGUCUCCAGCAGUGGGACUGAUUAUAUGCACUGACUGACGGUCGCAUCUGUCUCUGUGGUUAGUAAUUCAUGAAAUCCGCAGUGAAGACAGGGAUUGUCUCAUUCUAGAUUCAGAUUAUUGCGAAAUUUACCGCAAAGUCAUUCUACUUGAAAGAAUCCUGUUGAGUCGCAGUUGAUUUACAGAGUGGUCGCGUUCUUUAGCACUCUCUACUCUGCCCUUGCGGUUCUGCAGCUGCUGAACACAUAUUCCACCGGGGAUGGGCCCGGGUGCUGUGUGCAUUGUUUUCACAAUAAAUCAGGACACUUGGAAGCAAGAAUGCUGGAUGGGAGAGGGUGUUAGCAAAAGAAAGAGAGGCAUCAAGUGCUUUUAUCUUUGCCUCAGGGGGAAGCAGAUAUGAUUUAGUCCAUGUUAUGUCAUCUUCACUCAGCACAGCUGUUAAAGUUGUGACUGGUGAGUCAUUUAGGUGACGGCCUCUCUCCUCGUCAGUGAAUUGGUCUGUGUUUCUGUCUCCUUAAAUCUUUAUGAGAAAGGUCAUCGGGUCAUGCUCAAGCACAGCAUGUUGUACUGUACAGAUGAAUUAAAUGUGAACUCCAGUUCCAUAUCAAGGUGUUACUCUGUUAAUGGUAUUCUGAUGCAGACAAAUGCAAUGUGGAAACAAGAUAGUCUGUGUUUGAUGCAGUGUUUUGUGGUGAUAUUGUUGUGUACCAUGAGAUGGAUUAUGUAAAAAUGAUAUCACACGCACGUGUUGUAACAGAUGUGCAGUGGAAAGUGGUGUGAUGAUGGAUGUUGAUCAGAGAGUGUGUGAGUGCAAAGCCCCAAGGAUGCUUGUCAGUGUUUGUUUAUUGUCUAAAUUAUUUCUCCCAGAUGUUACCUGUUAUUCAAACUGUAAGUGUGUAUGGAAAUGAAUAUGCAAAGAAAACUAUAAAGUAAACACUUAAUGGCCAUAA